AUGGGCCUCGAACCAGGUAGCUAUGAAGGAGGAUGGACACUGGUCUUGUGGCACUCCACCCAAUCAGCUGAGGAUCUUCAGUUAUCCCUGUCAUCCUACACUGAGGGCUAUGGCCAGCCAAAUAUUAACGGCCCAAAUUCAUAUUUUAUUGGACUCGAGAACCUGGUAGCUCUCAACUGGGACAAAAAUUCAACACGACAUCUUGUAAUGAAGAUACUGAUGGUGGACGUGAACGAUAAUACAUUGUACGCUACUUACGGCUACAUACUGAUCAACAGAACCGACACCAAAUACACACUCAACAGAGUUGGCAAGUGCCAGGGCAAUUCAGUUUUGGCUCCUCUAGACAACUAG